AUGUGAGGCACUUGUGCUGGCCAUGUGUUUAAUUAAAGCCUUAAGAAGCGCCAGUUUAAUAGAAAAUGUGUCCGCUGUUGGUCGGUUGUCUCGUAAUUGCAAUCCUCUCAGGCGCCAAUUCGGAUUCUCGUUUUUUUGACGCGUAUUCCGAGAUUGUUUAUCCACGAAUCUUCGAGAGAACAAUUCGCGUACGUCGGGACAUUUACAGCAACGUUUACACGGAAGAAUCGACUACAUUAAAAAUGAUGGAGGUGGGAGAUUGGACCUUAGAGCUUAAUUCGGAGAGUAAUUUGGUUGUGGCGCCUGCCCUGAGGGCAGAAUGGGUCGACAGUGAUGGCAACGUUACCUUCAAGGAUCUCAGUCAAUGCGAUUAUAAAUUAGGGGUAGUUAGGAGCCUUGAGACGUUGUCGAGGGCUGCAGUGACACUUUGCGGACGUUAUGUAAUCGGGUAUAUCGCUGUGGGGGACUUGGUGUUUUUCCUGCAACCGACCAAUGGCACCCAAGGAGAGCAUCGGCUCGACAGGCAAGCAAUAACUAAAAGUCGUCUAAAACGCCACUCCGACGACAUUUACUUCGAACAACCCCAACCCGAACAGUGGCUUUUUAAUUUAACGGGAGACGUGAUCGACAUAGAAGGGAGCACUGGAUCUAUACGAGAUAACGCAAGUGAAGAAGAUGACCUAGAAGAGAAAUUUACUACGUCUCCACUUUUAAGCUGGCGUCGCGAACAAUUAGAAGACGAAGAGUUGGGUUAUUUUUACGAUACGGCUUGGACAGCUGACGCUCCAAAAACUCGUAAAUCUGGAAGCUCUCUCUUGCCUCCGAGAUGGCUGGAAAUUGCCCUCGCUGUUGACCAUACCCUGAUACAGUUUCAUGGGAAGGAUAAAGUCGAGCAAUAUGUCCUGGCCUUGAUGAACAUUGUGAACGCUAUCUACCAGGACCCGUCCCUGGAGGCCAACAUGCGAUUAGUCGUGACGAGAUUAUUACUUUACGAGCACCGGAAGCAAUCAAUUGUGCGUCCUGGGGAUGCGAAAAAGUCCCUCGAAAACGCCAAUAGCUGGAACAGUCGCCUGCACGCGUCCUUGGCACCGGACGAGUCCCAUCACGACAUCGCCGUCUGGCUGACCCGCUCCGACAUCGGGGGCCCCUCAGGCUACGCCCCCGUCGCCGGUGCUUGUGACCCCAAGAGGAGCUGCGCCUUGAACCGAGACGAGGGGCUGACGAGCGCCUUCAUCAUAGCCCACGAAAUGGCUCAUGUCUUAGGUCUAAGUCACGACGGCGAUAAGAAACACUCCAAUCACUGCGGAGACGAAUCGGCUAAAGGAAGCGUAAUGGCCCCCUUGGUGGCCGCCACGUUCCAUCAGUUUUUCUGGUCGCAAUGUUCAAGAAAGGAGUUUAAAAAAAUUGUCAAGAAAUGGACGUGUUUAUCGAAUUCGCCGGCUGCGAAUGGAGAGAUUGUUUUAAAUGCUACUCUCCAGAACGCUUUCAGCAUGGAUGAGCAAUGCCGGAUGGAGUUCGGCGACGGGUUCAGUUUAUGCAGGGCUUUUGAUAUCAUAGAACCCUGCUCGCACCUGUGGUGUGGCCACGAAAGAGCCCCUCUUGUCUGCAAAACCAAGAAAGGGUCUCCUUUGGAGGGCACGCAGUGUGGGUUUAAUAAGUGGUGCUGGAACGGGUACUGCGAGGAUAUGGAUACAAAAAUUUCCGGACACAUCCCUGUAAUAUUAAACCCCCAGGACGGGGGUUGGAGUAACUGGAGUCCCUGGGGCCCUUGUUCGAGAUCUUGCGGUACAGGAGUUCAAUUCCAAACAAGGAAAUGUAAUAAUCCCACUCCUUCGCACGGUGGGGAUAACUGCGAGGGAGUGUCGGAAAAGUGGCGAAUAUGCAACAAUAAGCCCUGUCCGGAACCGCUGGGGGAUAUGAGAGCUCAGCAGUGCAAACGACUGCCUAAAUUAUUAGAUCUGAGUGGAACGCGAGCAGGAAAUAUGACUUGGUUACCAUACGAGAGCGAGGAUCUGGAUAAGAAGUGUAAGCUGAUUUGUAUCAGCGAAAAUACGAAGGAACUGUUCGAAAGUUCGGAGAAUUUAAUCGACGGAACGCCUUGUUCGUACGAAAACUCGGACAACAUUUGUAUUCAAGGCGUCUGUCAGUUUCUGGGCUGCGACGGUCAAUUAUUCUCCAAAGUGAAAACCGAUAUGUGCGGAGUUUGCGGCGGAAAUAAUUCCAAUUGUUCCAAUAUCGAAUCGAUUUUCCGGCGAAAGCUCAAGAGAGAAGUUAGCAGAGUUGCUGUCUUGCCGCGAAUGGCAACAAGGAUCAAAUUAGAAGCCAAUGUCACCAUGCACAACAAGGACGAGCCUUCCGUUGCCUUUAUCCUGAAAAAUCGACGGAAAAAGAAAUACACAAUCACCGUCCCUAACACGGGAUUACGUGCAGAUAUCAUCGAAGGCACGAAAUUCUACUACGAAAAAAGCAAAAACAAACACAAAAUCUGGGCUAAUGGGCCGGUCCUCGCCGAAAUGGUCGUACUCGUAUACGCUCCAAUUAGUGAGAUUGAGGAGGGCCUGAACGUGUCUCUGCGCUCCGAAUACAUCAUUAACAAAGACGUCUCCUUUUCUUCGGCUCGAUUUAAGUGGAUAUUGGGCGGUUGGGGUCCAUGUUCGGCGAGUUGUGGCGGCGGCCGGCGGCAAAAGACCGUUGCUUGUUGGGAUAACCACAACCAAAAGUUAGUAAGAAGAAAGCACUGCUCUUUGAUGACGAAACCAACUUUGACAACCGAGAAAUGCAACACGUUCGAUUGUCACUUUCAGUGGGUGCCCGGGACAUGGGAAUUCUGUAGCGCGACGUGUGGCUUAACAGGGGUUCAACAAAGAGAAAUCUAUUGCGUCCCGCAAGCCAUGCUAAAUAAAAUCGCUUCAGUAAAUGAGACGUGGCGAUAUAUGGUCAAUCCGACCAAAUGUCUGGGAGUUAGCCCUCUCUCCAAACGCCCUUGUAACAGGAUUCCAUGCGAGUCCUACUGGACUUACGGCGAAUGGUCGCAGGUUUUCAACAGUUUUUACGCGAGUCCUUGCUUUGAUUUUCUUUUCAGUGUUCUGAAAGCUGCGGCAAAGGAUUAUCUUAUCGCUCGUCUUAUUGUCCUCCCCCGGAAAACCAACACUUUUACACCUGUGGCGAAGCACCUCCAGCUACACAGACACGACAUUGCCAAAAUCACACCAAAUGGACGAACCUGGCCUGCAGAAAACGGAAACACAAGUCGUGUCUUGAGGAUAAAUCCGAUUUCUGCUCUUUACAGAUUUUGGCCAAGUAUUGCAAAGUCGGAGGCUUCAGAAGGAUGUGUUGCAAGUCGUGUGCUGACUUUAAAUCAUUAAACUUUAUAAUGUAAUCACUGUGCUAAUAAUACUACUGUUCUAAUAACACAA